UGUUUGUUUAAACGGUGCAAGUGUCAGUCGUGUCCUGGGACUCCUAGCUCACAAGCUAGUUUAGCAAGAAGAAAAAGCAAAAAAUUUAGUUCAAGAUCCAUCAGUUAUGGCGAUUUCUAGAGCUUUAAAAGUUGGAUUUUCCAGUUUAAAAUCCAAAUACCCAAUCCCACCAUCAUCAUCUUUAUACAGAUUCUUUUCGGAUUCUAAUGACUCGAUUGAGAAAGAGAAGGUUGGAUUUAUAGGACUUGGAAAUAUGGGAUUUCAUAUGGUCAACAAUCUCAUUUCCUCUGGAUUAUAUCAUGUCUCUGUCCAUGACAAAAAUUUUGAUGCAAUGAAGAAGUUUGCAGAGAGGGGGAUAGCCACUAAAGGAACCCCUUUCGAAGUUGCUCAAACUAGUGAUAUUGUUAUCACCAUGCUGCCUUCAUCCUCCAAUGUUAUGGAGGUUUACACUGGACCAAAUGGUUUGCUUCAAGGUGGGGAGGAUGUUGUAAGACCUUGGUUGUUCAUAGAUUCAUCCACAAUUGAUCCCCAGACGUCAAGAAGGCUUUCUGCCACCAUAUCUAAUUGUUCCCUAAAAGAGAAGAAAGGUUACAGGAACACCCCUGUCAUGUUAGAUGCUCCAGUUUCUGGAGGUGUUCUUGGUGCGGAAGCUAGGAGCCUUACUUUCAUGGUUGGUGGCUCAGAGGAUACUUAUUUGUCAGCAAGCCCUUUAUUUUUAUCCAUGGGAAAGAACACAAUUUAUUGUGGCGGAGCUGGAAAUGGCUCUGCAGCAAAGAUAUGCAAUAAUUUGGCAAUGGCUGUCAGUAUGCUCGGGGUGUCAGAAGCCUUAGCUCUUGGUCAGUCACUAGGAAUUACUGCAAGUACGUUAACCAAGAUAUUUAAUUCUUCCAGUGCUCGUUGUUGGAGUAGUGACAGUUACAAUCCAGUGCCUGGAGUAAUGGAAGGAGUGCCCUCUUCAAAGAAUUAUGAUGGUGGAUUUUCGUCCAACCUUAUGGCCAAAGACUUGAAACUUGCCUCAGCAUCAGCGGAAGAUAUUGGUCUCAAAUGCCCAUUGACAUCUCAAGCAGAAGAGAUAUAUGUCAAGUUGUGCGUGGAAGGUCAUGGAAGCAAGGACUUCUCCUGCGUUUUUCGCCAUUACUUCUCUGGUUCUGAUGAACGUUAAUUCGGUAUUAUACCAGUGAUGAACAAACAUUGCGAGACUAGAACAGCAUAGACCCGCAAGCUCUUGUACAGUUCUAGCUAAAUGAUGUCAAUAUAUGUAAAAGAAAACGAAACAUAAUUUCUGUGAAACUUCACAUAACUAGAGCAGCACUUCCUAGUAACUUGUAAUUCAUAAUGUAUUCAAUGUUAUAAUUGAAACA